CAAACAGGUAAACAAGCAUACAUCUCAAUGGGAGAAGAAAACCACACUUCUGUGGCUGAGUUUAUCUUCCUUGGCCUCUCACAGGACUUGCAGACCCAGAUCCUGCUGUUUAUUCUUUUUCUCAUCAUUUAUCUGUUGACUGUGCUUGGAAACCUGCUCAUCAUCAUCCUCAUCUUCAUGGAUUCUCGACUUCAUAUCCCCAUGUACUUUUUUCUUAGAAACCUCUCUUUCGCAGAUCUCUCUUUCUCUACUAGCAUUGUCCCUCAAAUGUUGGUCCAUUUCUUGGUAAAGAGGAAAACUGUUUCUUUCAUUGGGUGUAUGACACAGAUCACUGUCUUCCUUCUGGUUGGGUGCACAGAAUGUGCACUGCUGGCAGUGAUGUCCUAUGACCGGUAUGUGGCUGUCUGCAAGCCCCUGCACUACUCCACCAUCAUGACCCAACAAGUGUGUAUGCAGUUGGCCAUAGGGUCCUGGGCCAGUGGCGCACUAGUGUCCCUGGUAGAUACCACCUUUACUUUCCAACUUCCCUAUCGAGGACAGAACGUUAUCAAUCACUACUUUUGUGAACCCCCUGCCCUCCUGAAGCUGGCUUCAGCAGAUACUCACAGCACAGAAAUGGCCAUCUUUGCAAUGGGUGUGGUCAUCCCCUUAGCUCCUGUCUCCCUGGUCCUUGUCUCCUACUGGAAUAUCAUCUCCACUGUGGUCCAGAUGCAGUCUGGGAAGGGGAGGCUCAAGGUCUUCUCUACCUGUGGCUCCCAUCUCAUUGUUGUUGUCCUCUUCUAUGGCUCAGCAAUAUUUGCCUACAUGAGGUCAAACUCCAAGAUAAAGUGCAGAAGAGAUAAAGUGAUCUCUGUGUUCUACUCAGCAGUGACACCCAUGCUGAAUCCCAUAAUUUAUAGCCUGAGAAACAAGGAUGUCAAAGGAGCUGUCAGGAAACUGGCUGGAAGAAAGUCCUUUUCUCAGAGACGGUGA